GUAGUGAACCCUGGGUGUGUCUUAUCCUGAGCUUCUGAGAAAACAUGUAUUUCCUUAUUUCAAAACAACAUCCUACUACAGCACAGGUAACACCUGGAAGUUCGGUAAAAACUUGGAUUUGAAGAAUUAAGCAUCAAAACCGUUGAGGGUUACAGUGCAGUGGAGACCGAAGAGGAUUGUGUGCGGGAAGUUGUUUGGAAGGCGUUGUUUGAUUGACAGGUCGUGUUUGAUGGACAGUUGCCAGGAGUGACUGUUGAUAAGACAUAAUGAAGUGGCCGAUGGCUCUGUGUGUCAUGGUGGCUCUCUCUGAGUCCCUCGUCAAGGUUCCCCUGAUAAAGGGGAAGAGUGCCAGGGAGCGUCUGGAGGAGCAGGGCUUGUGGGAGAUUUACAGGAACAAGUUUCCCUACAACGCAGCCGCCAAGUUUGAACAGAGCUUCUACAGCAACCAGAUCAUCACCAACGACUUUGACCUGUCCUACUAUGGAGUGAUCUCCAUCGGGACUCCUCCCAAGUCCUUCAGUGUCAUCUUCGACACAGGCUCCUCACCCUUUUGGGUUCCUUCCAUCUACUGCAAAAGCGUAGGCUGCAGGAACCACCGCAAGUUCCACCCGCUGUUUAGCAGCACCUUCCGGAACACUGGCAGGAUUCUGUCCAUUUCCUACGGCACCGGCAGCAUGGCCGGCCUCCUGGGCUACGACACCGUCGAGGUGGGAGGGAUCCAGAUCAGUAACCAGAUCUUUGGGCUGAGCCAGAGCGAGGCUCCUUUCAUGGCCCACAUGAAGGCUGAUGGGAUCCUGGGUCUGGCCUACCCUCGCCUGUCUGCCUCAGGGGCCACGCCCGUCUUUGACAACAUGAUGAGUCAGCACCUCAUCGACCAGGACGUCUUCUCUGUCUACCUGAGCAGACACCAGAAGGGGGGCAGUAUGGUGACCUUUGGUGGAGUUGACCCCCAGCACUACACUGGACCAAUCACUUGGGUUCCUCUGUCCUCUGAGACAUACUGGCAGAUCACCGUGGACAGCGUCACCAUCGAGGGGAAGGUGGUGGCGUGCCAGGGCGGCUGCCAGGCCAUCGUGGACACCGGCACCUCUCUGAUCCUGGGGCCCCUGGCGGACACCCUCAGCAUCAACCAGGCUCUGGGGGCCACCCGACUGUUCACUGACCAUGUUGUGAAUUGUAUCAUUGUUGACAAAAUGCCCACGGUGACUUUCAACAUCAACGGACAUGCCUUUACUAUCCCAGGCGCUGCCUCUGUGCUUAAGUCCCACAACUAUGGCUGUCGUACCGGGUUUGGAAGCCUGGACUCCAGCCGGUGGAUCCUGGGGGACGUGUUCAUCAGGCAGUACUACACGAUCUUCAGCAGGGCCAAGAACGCAGUGGGCCUGGCCAAGGCAAAGUAAUCAAACCCAGAUCAAUUGUGAACGCACCCCUGAGCCAUAAAAACAAAGUGUCCGCUUGAAAACGAGAUCCUGACCAACAUGACCAACAUGAUUUUGAUGACCUGUGUGACAGUUGUCACUGAUGUCGACCUGUUUAGAACGAGGCAGGUGAAUGAUCAGGCAACCUGCUUUGUGUUGGGAGUGAGAGGGCAGGGCGGAUUGACAGUAAAAAGCCAAUGAAUUUCCUCUGCAUGAUUAAACGAUAAUGAGUUGUAGCAUCUUGAA